AAAAAAAAAGAAAGAGAGAGAGACGCUGCCAACGCCGCGCGUCUCCCCAAGUGUUGGCCGCCGGUGGCGCUCUAGAGCCCAUUCGACCGACAAGUGUCUACAAGAGCGGUCGUACAUAUAUUCACCUCUUCUCUAUCUUUCUUUUUUUUCUCUUUUUCUCUCCUCUCUCCCUCUCUCUCUAUCUCUUAAUAUUCUAUCCACCACUGUUUUGUUUUGCUGCGUGCGUAUGCAAGUUCAAUCCUGCGGGAUCCACAUUUGAUUGUUGUGUGCUGAUUUCAUUCCAGGAUUUUGUGUGAGGGGAAAAACCAAAAAAAAACAGAGAAACAGGCGGAGAAAAAAGAGAAUGUCCUCAAAAAUGGCGUCGACGUCGUCAUCUUCGUCGUCGGCUGGCUCGUCUCCGCACCUGUGCCUGCGCUGGAACAAUUACCAGUCGAACUUGACGAGCGUCUUCGACCAGCUCUUGCAAAACGAAACGUUCGUUGACGUCACUCUGGCGGCAGACGGACACGCCAUCAAGGCCCAUCGCAUGGUCUUAUCAGCCUGUUCGCCCUAUUUCCAGCAUCUCUUUUUCGACAAUCCCUGCCAGCAUCCGAUUGUCAUUUUGAAGGACACGCGCUGGCCAGAACUCAAGGCUAUUGUCGAAUACAUGUAUCGCGGAGAGAUUUCCGUCGCCCAGGAGGAAUUGACGUCGCUUUUGCGCGUCGCUGAAACGCUCAAAAUUCGAGGCCUGUCUGAAUUGAACAGCGAUCGACACGCUGCUGCUGCUGCCGCUGAUGAUCGCAGCGAAUCCAGUCCACUGGCCAGCGUCCAUCCGACCAAUUUAGCUGGGCCAUCGUCUUCUUCGUCGUCUGGACCGGCAGCUGUUAGAAGACAGACGCAGAGUCCGUCGUGGUCAUCGUUACCUCAGCAUCAGGGAGUUUGGCCGAGCCACGUGAUGGAUGAAGAAAUGGCAACGACGCCAUCGCCCACACCGGCGCCAGCGUCUCGAUCGUCUGGUGUGAAACGACGUCGUGUUUCUGGAUCUGAGAGUCCACUUGGUGGAGCUUCGAGUCCGGCAGCUGCGUCCACGCCGGGGAUGCAUCAUCAACAUCACGAAGAGGCCAGCUUAGACCAUCACGACGGCCCACUCUCGUUGGUCGGCCAUCAACAACAACCGCCGCCACCACCGCCUCACAGUCCGGUCGCUGCGCCUCAGGCGUUGACCCAGGCACCGCCUCCGUCGUCUCUGCAACAUCCACUGGCUCAUUCGGACGACCUUGAUAUUAAACCCGGCAUUGCAGAACUUAUCCGCGAAGAGGAGAGGGCCCGGAUGCUGGAAGGGACUCACCCGUGGUUGACCGCUUCACCGUCGGUGCUCUCAGACACGUACCAGUACCAAUUACAGGCGCUGUGGCAGAAAGCCUGGGCCACUGGCCAGGGAGUCAUGCAAAAUUUGCGUUUUCGCGAACGCGGUCCGUUCAAAACUUGGAGGCCAGAAACGAUGGCUGAAGCCAUCAUGGCCGUUCUUCGCGAAGGAUUGUCCCUCUCUCAGGCUGCCAGGAAAUUUGACAUUCCCUACCCGACGUUCGUGUUGUACGCCAACCGCGUGAAUAACAUGCUCGGGCCUUCGGCUGAUGGUGGACCAGAAUUGCGCCCGAAAGGCCGCGGUAGACCGCAACGAAUACUGACCGGUUCGUGGCCAGAAGAUCACGUUCACGGAGUUAUCCGGGCCGUUGUCUUUCGUGACCCUAGCAGCCUUCCCCGACAUAUUGACCGCGAAGAUGCCAGUAAAUUAACGGCCAAUCGAUCGGCAUCAAAUGCUAAUAUGAAUCGCUUACUGGCUGUCCAUCCACCGCCAUCGAUUCAGAAUGAACUUGGCGGAAGCAGUGGAUCGGGAAUGCGCGGCUUGAUUCAGACAGCCAUGAAUAAUGGUAAUAGCCAAAAUUAUAAUCAUGAAUUCGCACUGCCAUCCUCCUCCAACAUUACUGGCACGUAUAGUCACGGAGCGUCUCUCUUGGCCGGUGGAUCUUCUUAUCCAUCAAUGCGAUCAGUAGCCGGACCGUCUUCUGGUGCCAACGCAGUGAAUGGUAUCAUGGCUGAUUUAAUGGCCGGCAAUGGACCUGUGGGACUCACCAAUAAUACCAACAACAAUAUGCAAAGCGGAUCUGGAUCGAGUACUGGUUGCGUGAGUGGAAGCAGCUUAACACCGUCGUCGCUGUUCAACGCCCUUCAACACGAAGUUGCCGAAGAGACUCGAUUGGCCGCUUUGAACGCCAUGACUCAACGUUUGAUGACUUCACUGGAAGGUACGUCGCGGUUUCAUCAUGCUGGCCAUAGGCGUUGCUUAACUUCGCGACGUGAUCCAGGUGACAACUUCGGACUGGGCGUGUCAUGUAACCAACAACGGGCUGCCGGUGGCAUUCAAAAUCCAGCGGCUGCAGCAGCAGCCGCCCUGGAGGCGGCAGCUUGGUUUGGUCCUAGCAGCAGCUUUAGCGGUCAACUGCCCAUCGUCGAUUUAGCUGCCGAUGACGUCACAGUAGCGGAAGAUGAUGACGUUGAUGAAGAAGACGAUGACGCCGUACAACACCUGGCCUCUUUCGGAGCUCAUCACAAUCCAGCAGUCACCAAUCCAAUCCAUUCCAAACAAGAACAGCUGUUUGGAGAAUAGUUCUUUUGUUUGUUAUCUAGAAGAUAAAAAAAGACGUGAAUUUUAUUUUAAUAUUCCCAACGUCAUGAGAGUUGAAGUGAAAAUGGAAUGACGCUAAUGUUAGAAAAAUAGUGAGAUUCUAAAAUUGCACUUGAUAUCUUCAUUGGUCGUCCGGCAAAAUUUGUUGUCCAGUGCAGAUUUUAAAUUUAAUUAGAUUUUUUUUUUUUUCAGUUAUCGCACAGAUUGUUGAUUUAGUUGACAGGUGACAUUUCUACGACGGUAGACAGCGAUGUCGAUCAAGUGUCUAAUUUCUUUACGCACCACGUGUUUUGUUUUUUUGUUGUACAUUCGUCUUUAAUGAACGCACCCAACCAAAAUUUUAUUUACACGUUCGGUAUCUGUGUUUAAAAAAGACCCGAUCUCCUGUAUUGCCAUCAAAAGACUAAAGGACCAUAUUCUCUCGGCACGUGUAGACAAUGGCAAUUUCCCGUCCUCACCCAAAACAAUUGAGAUCGCAAAAUUGAAAUCGGUGUUUGGUCUUUCACGUUUAGACUCUCGUCAGUACGAAACGGUCGAGAAAGACGUCGUUUUUACGCACUGACUGUCGUUUCUUUGCAUUGAUUCAAUCGUCCCACGUGAAAAUUAGUUGUGAAUUUGUUCAAAUCGUUGGGAACUGCGUGCUAGCUGUCCUGUUUAACUAUGCAUUUAAAAACAGUUGAAACACGAUCGGGACAAAGACGAGAAGAUUUCAUACUAAUGUUUAAUGGAUAAUUCUUAAAUGAUCCGACCUGCCAAUAAUCACCGCCCACACAAUUUAUUUACAUGAAAGAAAGGGGGGUUUCCCUUUAACCGAAUUUCAGACUGACGCCAUCCAUGCGUCACAGAGACAAGACGGUAGACUCGUCUUUUGACUUUUGUAUCUAGAUUUCUUGUGCUUUAUUCGAUCGAGAUGACGGUUGUCAACAAGUAAUUAAAAAUAAAAACUAACACUGUGAAUAUUCGUUUGUAACUGGUAGCAUAAAAUCUUAUACAAUCUGACAAUAUCCCCCCCCCCCCCAAAAAAAAACACUACAUUUGUCGGGUUUGAGAAUGCCUCUCAAAUUAGAGAAUGAAUGAUGGUCGAUUUGAUGCCUUUUUGUUUUUUGGUUUUCUUUGUGUGAUGAAAGGUAAUAACUAUUCUUAUGCGCACCUUCCCUCGUUUGGUUUCGUUUCGUCUGUGACCUAUAGAAAUUGUUGAACGAUGUCGUUUUAUUGACUCUUCAUAUUUGGUUUAUCUUUUUCAACGUUACUGUGUCUCACUUUUUUAUUUUUUCCUUGGCCACAUAUUGGUAUUUAUUAUUGAUUGCUGCAUUACUGACAGUUUCAUAUGCUUUUUGUGCCACUGCACCAAAUAUUCAUAGUUUUCUUUGUCCCGUUUUACGGCGCCUAACAUUCGUCUAUUGAAGUAAGAUCUACUAAUUGGAGGCUACGUAAAAUGUGAAUAAACGAGACAUUAAUUUAGA